AUGUUUGGAGUCAUCAUACCCAACCAAUUAGCCCAAGUACCCGUCGCUGUCAAUCAAACGACCUACACUCUACCCAUCGCCAAUGGCCACCUGGUCACCGACAUCUGCGUGAGCGCUGUUGCACCCUUUCCAGCUGACGACGUCGGAGCCGCCGUCUUCUACUCAGCCAUUCCACCCUACAACGAGUUCGCAUAUCUUGGGGCACUUAGCAACUCUUGUCUGUCAACCAUACUGCGCACAGGCUGGGACCUAUUGCUGGCUGAACUUCCGACCAAAGAUGUGCUUCUGAAAAUAGAAAUACUACCUGCAGCCCAGAUCUUGGAGCUGGUAGCUGUCCAGCCACCAGAUGUCAAGUUGGAGUACGGGAAAAAAGUGGCACUGAAUCUGUAUCGGUAUUUGGAGUCGUAUAAUACUGGCGUUGACGGCUCCGUCCUGCAAAAAGCUUUGGACAACUGGUUGAUACGCUUCGAGGCGAAGUCCAAACACGACCCGAACUUUGUAUUCAAGACGGAGUAA